CCAUUGGCAAAGCCGCCGCUCCGCGGGAAGCCUAUCGCCUCCCGGCUCCUUGUACGGGGCCGGGAACCGCUGUACACAGCGAGAGAGGCGGGGGAUGGGUGCUGCUGCCGUGCGUCUCCUCAGCCUCAGCCGCCCCGCUCGCAGCCGGGCAGAGCCAUGAAUCUGGGCGAUGGACUGAAGCUUGAAACUGAAGUGCUGGGUGGAAAGCCUAGGCUAAUUUUGGCUGCUUCUGAUUGUUUUUCAGGAGGAAGUUGUUAUUAAAUACUUCUUUCAUAUGUUUGUGUUUGUUUCCCAAAAGAUAAAUCAAAGCCUGCAAUGAAGAUGGGUAAUAAAGCCAGAGCACCUAAACAGGCAUUGAGAAUAAAGCAUACUGGGCAUGUUCCGAGGUCAACACAAAAUGCUUGUAUCAAGCAGGAAAACUUAACAAAACCAAGGAGUGAAUCAAGCUUAUCAAUGACAAAAGGUGAAAAACUGCAAGUUACUAAACACUCCUCACAUGAAGCCACAACUAAAGAUCCCUCUUUGAUUUUCCAAAGAGAUAGCACAGACAGAUACCCUGAUUCAGAGAAUCCUAAUGUUGCUAAAAAAAGUAAACAGAAACCUCAAAACCCAUCUGUAUCAGCUGAAGACUUAAGUUUGGUGUGUUUAACACAAGAACAGCUUCAAAAGAUUUUGAUGACUGUAAAAGAAGGAACUAGAAGCAUCUCUGAGACUCAUAAAGAAAAGCAAGAGGAAAGGGCUACUAAUGAGGCAUCAGAGGAAAACACUGUAGCAUUGCUCCAAAAAGCUUGUGAAGUUUCAUCCGUUCCAGAUGAAGCUAACUCUGAUUCAAGCCGGAAACAAGAAGCAUAUCCGCAGCCAGGACAGAAAGUUAUAAAGGAUUCAUGGAAACCUGCUGACAUGUUUAGUACCUUGGGUGAAAGAGAAGGGGAGAAAGCCUUAUUAGAAUUUAGAAAGACCCAAUGGAAGAAGGAAUUAGAUGAACAGAUAGCACUGAAGAAGAAACUGAAAGAAACUUUGGAGGGAGAGGUGGGUUAUUUCUGGGAAAACCCUGGAAAUAAUAAAACCCAUAAAGAGAAAGUGGAAACAGCUGACCCAGAUAAGUCAAUGUUUCCAGCUGACUCAAUUAUUACCACUGAGGAAAACUCUGUCUGUACAACUACUUUAACCACAGAGGCUAAUAAAGUUCCACUGAAUGUUUCAAGUGCUCCAGCUGGGCAGUCUUCUGAUUUUGGUUCAGCUGUUAGUUGCUCAGCAGUUGUUUUUGGGGAAGCUGUGCCGCAGGAACGACCUUUUAGUGCUUUGAAGCAUGAGCAACAGAAGAAGUGGCUUGAAGAGUUGGACAAACAGAAGGAAGAAGCUAAGCUACGAAAAAUAGAAGAAAAUUUAUCAAAGGUAUCUGCUGAAGAGCAUGACAGAUGGGCAAUGCAUUUUGAUUCUUUAAAGAGCCACCUUAACGCUAAUGCACAACACCCCUUAAAUGGAAUGUACAAAAAGCAGCCUGAAAGUCUUUGCCUGUCACCUGACCCUAAGGAGCUGACUGCUUUUAUUCACCCUUUUUCACCUGCAGCUUUAGGCAACAUCAUGCCCUUAAAGGUGGGAAAUGCAGAAAAAGCUGCUAAAAACAGUGCUUCAGAACACAGUCAGAAAGUCAGUUUCCUCCGUUCAAUGACGGCUCUCCUGGACCCUGCACAGAUUGAAGAGAGAGACAGGCGGCGGCAGAAACAGUUAGAACAUCAGAAAGCAAUAAUGGCUCAGGUAGAAGAAAAACGGAAGAAGAAACAACUGGAGGAAGAGCAGAGAAAAUGGGAAGAACAAGAGGAAGAACAGCGCCUAGCACGAGAAAAAGAACAAAUGCAGAAACAGUUUGAAGAAGACAUGCUGAAACAAAAACAAAAGGAGGAACUUGUGACUCUUAAAACAAAUGAGCUCUAUCAGACAAUGCAGAAAGCUCAAGAAUUAGCACAGAGAUUAAAACAAGAACAGCGCAUUCGAGAUUUGGCUCAGAAGGGACAUGACAUUUCAAAACUUCAGAAGAAUCUUGGUGGUGGUGAUACAGAAUUUGAAAAUUGUAAUACUGGCAUUUCACAUCAAAGUCAUAAUUUUCCGGAUGACAUUAAGAGUCACAUUGAUGAGCAGACUUCUCCUCGGAAAGACACUGCUGUACAGACAGAUUACUUUAAUACUUCAGAACACACUGAGUCAGCUGAGGAAAGAACUGUGUGUUGCGGAUCGCCUGAUAUUUCCAUAGAAUAUAAAGAAAUCUCUAACAGCAAAAAGUACCAGAAGGAAAUGCAGUAUAUAGAUAAAAAUAAAAUUUCAGGAAAAGAGACUGGUGGCAUUUACAGUGAUCUGUAUGAACAAUAUGCAAGAAAAGAAAGACAAAUUAAACCUUCAGAAAAAUACAGCAAAAGACCUGACUGGAACAUAAACAAGCCUGGGAAAAGAUACAUUCCAGCAUCAGAAAGAUACCCAAAACAGCUACAAAAACAAAGGGAAGAAAACAAAGUAAGACGACAAAUGGAGCUGCUUCAGUUGGUAGAAAGAAAUACACCUGGGAAUCUCUGCCCAAAAAAGGGUGGUUAUUCAGACAAGUCUCCUUCACCUCAGGAAGAAAUAAAUAUGAAGAAUAAGGGACAUAGAGUCAGAAAGGAAGAACAAUUACGUAAGAAUCAUAUGAAUGAAGAAAGAUCUGAAUCACCACCUGUUCCAGCAGUUAAGAACAGAUUACACCAAGUACAACAAAACCAGAUACAUGCUUCUAAUCUUCUGGUGCAUAACAACAACAAUAGAAGAGAGAAAAAUACCAAGACAGAUACACAGCAGAGGAGCUCACCUCCUCCUGUUACAGAAGCUGGAAGACCUCCCUCUUCACAAUUUAUUCCAUAUGUUCGAACAAAUGAAAUAUAUUAUCUUGAUCCAGAUGCACCAGUGACUAGACCUUCAACGCAUGACCCACAGUAUCGACAGUUUAAUGAUUCUUACCAAACACCACGACAGAUUUGUAGCUCUGAUCAUGUUAGAGAUCCUCUUCUAAAUCCUGAUGUAGUUAAAAUCAGAGAGAGACAACAAGCAAUUCUCAAAGGAUUGUCAGAAUUACGCCAGGGCCUCCUGCAGAAGCAGAAGGAGUUGGAGACUGCUCUGAUUCCCACUAUAGCACAAGAAGAGAACUUUAUUUUGCCAUUUUGAGGUACACAUGAACAUUCUGAAUUCUUAAAAUGUAAAUGCACAGCACUUUGCUACUGUAAUUAAUUAUGAACCAUCUCUAUCUUUUUAAUGGAAGACUUAAAUUAUGUGAACUUUUGACAGAUUACAGGGUCAUGUUGCUUUUUAUAUUGAAGAUACAUUAAACUAAUGAUGGUGUGUCUGUUUAGAAUGGUCUUCAUGCUACCUGAAGACAUAGGUCCAUUUAAUAUAAACCACCAAAACACAGUAUAAAAAUGUUACAUGGGUUUUUUUGUAGAACUCAGUGUAUGUAUUUUGAUAAAUAAAAAGAUUAAGAUGUA